UGGUUUGGCAUGGAUAUUGGUGGGACCCUUGUUAAACUGGUAUACUUUGAACCAAAAGACAUUACAGCUGAGGAAGAGCAGGAAGAAGUGGAAAACCUCAAAAGCAUUAGGAAGUAUCUGACUUCCAACACAGCCUACGGUAAAACAGGGAUCCGAGAUGUCCAUCUGGAACUGAAAAACUUGACUAUGUGCGGACGUAAAGGGAAUCUCCAUUUCAUCCGUUUCCCAAGCUGUGCUAUGCACAGGUUCAUACAGAUGGGCAGCGAAAAAAACUUUUCAAGCUUGCAUACCACACUUUGUGCCACUGGAGGUGGAGCCUACAAGUUUGAGGAAGAUUUCCGAAUGAUUGCUGACCUCCAGCUUCAUAAGCUAGAUGAGUUGGACUGCCUGAUCCAAGGUCUUCUGUAUGUGGAUUCUGUCGGCUUCAAUGGCCAGCCGGAGUGCUAUUAUUUUGAAAACCCUUCAGCACCUGAGCGGUGUCAGAAAAAGCCUUAUUGCCUCGAUAACCCCUUUCCUAUGUUGCUAGUUAACAUAGGCUCUGGAGUCAGCAUUUUAGCAGUGUAUUCCAAAGACAACUAUAAGAGAGUUACAGGGACCAGUCUUGGUGGUGGUACAUUCCUGGGUCUGUGUUGUUUGCUGACUGGUUGUGAGACCUUUGAGGAAGCUCUAGAAAUGGCAGCUAAAGGAGACAGCACCAAUGUUGAUAAGCUGGUGAAGGAUAUUUACGGAGGAGAUUAUGAACGGUUUGGUCUUCAAGGAUCUGCUGUUGCAUCAAGUUUCGGCAACAUGAUGAGCAAAGAAAAGCGAGAGACUAUCAGCAAAGAGGAUCUGGCAAGAGCAACAUUAGUCACCAUCACCAAUAACAUUGGCUCCAUUGCUCGGAUGUGCGCCUUGAAUGAGAAUAUUGAUCGAGUGGUGUUUGUAGGCAACUUCCUGAGAAUCAACACGGUUGCUAUGAAGGUGCUAGCCUAUGCCAUGGACUAUUGGUCAAAGGGACAACUGAAAGCUCUCUUUUUGGAACAUGAGGGUUAUUUUGGUGCUGUGGGGGCUCUUCUAGAACUGCUCAAAAUGACUGACGAUAAAUGAGGAAGCUUCUAGAAGCUGAGGGAGCCGUCAAAGCUGCUUGAAGGAUGAAAGCUGCUAGGAAGAUGGGAAAGAAGCCACGAUAGCUGUUCUACCUGCUGGAUUUGUAAAUACUGUAAUAAUUUAAACUUAUUUUAGCUGAUCUUUUAAAUUUAGGGAUGGACAUUAACUUCAGACUUUGUACCAGGCAUUUUUAUGGGGAUACAACAUUUUUAAGAUAAAUGUGCAGUGUGGCCAAUUUUUAUGGAUUGUGUCUAAAAAAUAGGCACUGAGUAGAAAAAGGACCUAAAUUAUAAGACACUGGUAUUAUUAUUAUUAUUAUUAUUGUUAUUAUUUUCUUCUGGGGUUUACUGAUCUAGUGUGAUAAUGAUUCAUUUAGUAAUCGCUCUAGGAGAUUUUUUUUUAAAUCUUUCAUGACGUUUCAUGAUUGCUGUUGGUUUCAAAUGAAACCGCAAAGCUGGCAUUUAGUGUGAACACUAAAAUAAUGAAUCUUGCUGCCUUCAUUCUAUUAAACUAUGUUCAUCUCCGUCAUAAAUUAACUACCUUUGUUUAGCUGUUCAUGUCAGCAGUAGUAAAUAGUACUUUGAGAUGUGUCAUCAAAUCUACUGAAAAGAAAAAGAAUACCUCAUUUUUUUAUUAUUAUAUUUACAACUUAGGAAAAUUCAUCUAUUCAGUACUCAUUCACUGUACUUUGGAAAUCCUUAUGUCUAGUUCUCUUAGCCGAACACAUGUGAUUAUUGAAUAAAAGAAUGGUCAGAGUUGUCUGGAAGGGCAGUAAAUGACACGUGAGAUGAUAUCAUCAUACAAAUUAUGCAACUUAUGCACGUGCAUCAUGAUGUCAUUGAAUAAGCCCUUCAUUGGGACAGCGACUUCAUGACUCGUCUGUCUUCCUUUUGUUGUCAUUGGGACUUGUAAUGGACGCUUCUGGAUGAGGUAUUAAACAUGUUGCGUAAUUGAAUGAUCUUUCUCCAGAACAGUAGUUAAAAUUCCUCUGGACUACAUAUUCAAACUGUCUCUAUGUAAUUUUUUUUUAUUGCAAAAAGAAAAAGAAAAAAUGAGGUACUAGUGUAUACUGUACAAUCCAGAAACAGGCUUACUUCAUCUUCAUUUGCGAAAAGUCAACUUUGAAGGACAGUAAUUUUUAUGGUAAAUAAAUACAUAAAUUGGAAGAUUUGCUAUGCUACAUGUUUAAUAUAUAUUGAAAAUGUCAGAUAUGUCAUUUUUUUGUCCACAGUUAAAAAGUCAUACUGAAAUUAGCCAAUGAUUGGUUGUAUUAAAAUUAUAAACACAUUAUUAUUUACUGUAUUAAUCUCUUAUUUUUUG